AAGCAGAUGUACAAGGACAGGAUUCCCUCUUGUGUGCGCUGGAUGCAGGGGAUAGACCGUCCCUUUUUUGGCUCCGUCGAACGAGUUCUGACGUCCCUGCUGCCCGGCCCCUUGAGCUCCAAGGUGCUAGGCGUCCCCACCGCCCCUCCUCUCGGGAGGUGGGGGGAGAGGCAGGCAGGGGGCGGUGCCUGGCAGUGGGGCGGGUUCAGUGGCUAGGGAGCAGUCGUCGGGCGGCGGGGCGCGGGACGCACAGGGCCGGGGAGGCGCCCUCCAUCGCCAUGGACCUGAUGUCAGCGCUGAGCCUAGGCGAGCUAGCGCUCAGCUUCUCGCGGGUGCCGCUCUUCCCUGUCUUCGACCUCAGCUACUUCAUCGUCUCCAUCAUCUACCUGAAGUAUGAGCCAGGAGCUGUGGAGCUGUCCCGGCACCACCCGGUGGCAUCCUGGCUGUGCGCCAUGUUACACUGUUUUGGGAGUUACAUCCUGGCCGACCUGCUUCUUGGGGAGCCCAUCAUUGACUACUUCAGCAACAGCUCCAGUAUCCUGCUGGCCUCUGGAGUGUGGUACUUGAUUUUCUUCUGUCCCUUGGACCUCUUCUACAAGUGUGUCUGCUUUCUGCCUGUAAAACUCAUCUUUGUGGCUAUGAAGGAGGUGGUGAGGGUCCGAAAGAUUGCUGUGGGCAUCCAUCACGCACACCACCACUACCACCACGGGUGGUUCAUCAUGAUCGCCACCGGGUGGGUCAAAGGUUCUGGAGUUGCCCUCCUAUCCAACCUGGAGCAGCUGCUUCGAGGUGUCUGGAAGCCGGAGACCAAUGAGGUCUUACACAUGUCCUUCCCCACCAAGGCCAGUCUGUAUGGAGCCAUCCUGUUCACCUUACAGCAGACCCGCUGGCUCCCGGUGUCCAAGGCCAGCCUCAUUUUCGUCUUCACCAUGUUUAUGGUGUCAUGUAAGGUGUUCCUGACAGCCACACACUCCCACAGUUCUCCAUUUGAUGUCCUGGAGGGUUACAUCUGCCCAGUGCUGUUCGGGGCAACUUGGGGAGGCGACCAUCACCAUGACAACCAUGGAGCACCACAUGGCAUGGGGCUAGGCACCCAGCACUCUGGCCUGCCUGCCAAAGCCAAGGAAGAGCUGAGUGAAGGCUCCAGAAAGAAGAAGACCAAGAAAGCGGAUUAGGGCUGGGCCCCAGGGAUCCACUGGGUACUUGGGAGAAGGAUGAGGACUCAGAGAAACUCAGAACUUAGGGGCAUUCAGGGCUCAGACCUCCCCCUCCCUCCCCCUGCUCCCCACUACCCUCCAUUCCCCAUCUGCAAUUUGGAGCCAUCAGCAACUCCUAGCGCUGAUGUGGGGUUAAAUUAGUGUGGAGGAGUUCAAUAGGCAUGGAUAACCCUGCCCUCUGCCAGACCCCUCAUAAGGUCACAGCCUUUGGAGGCACACAAUCCAGGCCCAAAGCCCUGGCUGGUAGGUUCUUGGUUUUCAUUCUGUGUUCUAAUUAUAUCUUGUAACCAAAAGAAUUUAACGCCACAUGGAGACUCAAUUAUCUGAGAGCCAGGUGCUGGGGUCCCAUGUCCUUUCUCACUCAGGACCUCCCUAGAAUUUUGUGACUCCUGCUGGGCAUCUUUAGGCAAAUGGCCUCUCUUCUCUGGGCCUCCUGUUUCUGAUCUGUAGCAGGUCCUCUUGUGUACAGAAGGGUCUUUAUCUGUCAAACAGUUUCUUAAGCAGUGUGGUGCUGAGGAGGAGGCUGGAGCUGUCAUGAAGGACAGUGGCAAACUGCUCUGUAUGUUAGGCCAUUUGUGUUUGAGCCCAGAAGGUCUCACCAGACGCUCAGCUGAGCAGACACAUCUAGGGCAGGCUGCUAACAGGAAGGGGGCCUUGAGUUCCUAGCUGCCCAUAGGCAAGAGAAGUGUGCGUGCAGGGUGGAGGGUCCAAGUGCCGACAGCCUUGCGUGCUCACAAUCGAGCUCUGGGUGCAUCAGGUGUCCCUCCUGUCUGACCAGCAGAGUUCAUUCAGUCAUUCAACAAACACACAGAUCCUCACAUGCUCCCUGUACAGUGGUGUGCUGCUCCUCCAAGGAUCGAGCCUUGUACAGGGGAAGGGCCAUGGUUGCCAAAGUCUCCAGGACAUCUGAGAGAGGUGAGCAUUGGGUACUGCUGGUCUCAGGCUUAUGUGAGGCUCAGAUCUAGUAGGAGUACCCAGGGUUGCCCAUUUGUUGAGAAAAUGCUCCUUAUAGCUUUGGCUAGAGAUAGGGUGGUCCUGAGUCUGGAAGCUCCUGGGUUUCAUCCCCUUGGUGUCAAUCAAAGCUCUGUGUGAGUGAUCAGCCAAUAAAUCUGGUGCGAGUAAAGCAA